AAUAUCAAUUGGUCAGCCCAGUUUUUUACGGUAAAUUUUGUUUUUCUUUUCUUUCUCUUUCUUUCCUCGCUUUUAUUAUAAUUUUAAUAUUAUGCAUAAUAUUGGACAUUUGGUAAAAUCGUUUUAUAGUUCGGCCUUUUUCGGCUCUUCUGUAUUUUAUAUAAAAAAAGAGGAAUCGAAGUUGAUGUUAAGUCAUUUGUAAAUUGUUCAUUGGCUGGAAAAGUUGAAGUCAUAUUUUUUCGUGCAAAUUUAGUUUUUCUUCAAAUUAACCAUGUUUAAAAUUUUACUGGUUUUACCCUUAUUGGGAAUGACUUUGGCUGAUUACGGGCCACCACCAGCUCCUUAUCAUCCACCUUCACCACAUGCAUAUUCACCCAAAUACGAGCCAACUUAUCCUCGAUCAGAUCCUUAUAAACCAGCAACUUACAAGCCAUACAAAGCUCGUGAACCAGAAGCUUUUGGAUACUCUCAUGAAUACUCUCAUGAUGUUGAUCUCCCAAAAACUUAUGCUCCAAGACCAUACAAGCACGACUACAAACCAGACUACAAACCAGACUAUAAGCCAGACUAUCAACCCGAAUAUCAACCCGAAUACAGACCAGCAUAUAAACCAGAGUACAAGCCAGAGUACAAGCCAGAGUACAAGCCAGAGUACAAACCAGAAUACAAACCAGAAUACAAGCCCGCUUACAAGCCAGAAUAUAAACCAGAGUAUAAACCAGAGUAUAAACCAGAAUACAAACCAGAAUAUAAACCUGCUUACAAGCCAGAACAUAAACCCGAAUAUAACUCAGAGUACAAGCAGCCUUACAACUACGGAUACCAAGUUGAUGACGGAUAUGGAAAUGUCCGACAUCAAGAAGAGAAAGGAGAUGAUUAUGGAAACAAAAAGGGUUCAUACGGAUACACCGAUGCUUAUGGAGUAUACCGGGUUGUCGAUUAUGUUGCUGAUGAAUACGGUUUCAGAGCAACUAUCAAGACUAAUGAGCCUGGAGUAGUUAAGAAGCAACCUGCUGGUGUUAGUCUUGAAGUUAACGAGCCACCAAAGGGACUUCCAGCUCAUUACAAGCCUGACUACAAGCCUGACUACAAACCUGACUACAAGCCAGAAUACAAGCCAGAAUAUAAGCCAGAAUACAAACCUGACUACAAACCCGAAUACAAGCCUGAGUACAAGCCUGAAUACAAACCUGAAUACCAACCAGAAUACCGACCAGCCUACAAACCAGAAUACAAACCACAACAUGCUGAAUACAAGUCACCAAGUUACCGACCAGCAUAUGAACCAAAGACUGUUGAACAUUACCCAGUCGACUCAUACAAACCAGCCAGCUACCCUAAAUCACAUUAUUACCCAACCAGUCAUUACACUGGUACAUAUGGACCUUCAUAUGGUGCAGUCCAGUACCGUCCAUCAAGCUACAAACCUCAAUAUGUUAAAGAGCCUUACACUCCAGCACACAACUACAAGCCAGUGCCAACCUAUCAACCACUUCCAACUUACAAGGAACAUCAAUCAUAUCGACCAGCAAAGGUUCACUACGCUGAAGAAGAUCAUUACUGAUCUAAAUUUUUAGAAAAUGAUUUUAAUUCAAUAUUCAUUAUGAAAUGAGAUGAAAAAAAUUAAUCUAUUUUAAGCCAAAAAAAUUGCAUUUUCAUAAAUAUUAUUGGAAUGGAAAGGUAAAGCAACGAAAUGGGCGAUUGUAAAAAUUUGAAGCUCAUUUGAUGCAAUCGAUUCAAAACGGGCUCAUUUUGCAUCGCUAAUUUCCCCUUUCUUAGUCUUCCCGUUCCCUCAUCAUAAUCAUAUUCAAAUAUUUUUUAUACUUGUUAUUAAUUGUAAAUCGAAUGCAAUAAAAUCAAUGCUUUUCAGCAAGUAAUAAGUUAAUAUCAAAA